GAAAGUAAAAAGUAACAAACGGUUCUGUCCGUCGGCGAGAAGAAUGGAGAAGAAGAAGAAUCAUAGAAUUAAGAGAAAAAGGAACGAAAAACCCUCGGCGCGUGAACUUCACCGUCCUCGUUCCUCGGAUGCCAAUGCCAUUUUCGCUCAGUUACUCGCAUCACUCUGCAGCAGACCCAACUCUGUUAUCUUCAUCAACAAAUGCUUAUUCAAACUUCGCCGUUCGGUUCUCAUCUCGCAGACCUCGCUGACGUCCACUUUGGCGUUGCUCCCAACCCUACUCCGCUCCACGCGGGUGGAAAUCGUGUGCCUCGCUGCAGACAUUAUCGGCGCCGCCUCGCUCGUUUCCUUCGACGCCAACGAGGAAAUCGCUUCUGAUUCUGAAACCGUCAAGGGACUAAUCUCGCUGUUGCACAGUCGCAAGAGGAAGGUUUUGUUAUCUGCCUGCAAUGCCAUUUUAGACUUUUCCACUACCACCUGCGCCCGACGACAAUUGCUCAAUUUUUCUGCGUUGAACAAAUUGAUGUUUGUGUUUCUUCAGAUUUUCGAUGGUUUGGAAUGCGUCUGUUUAUGGUCUGACGGUGAUGGAAGUUUUUGCUCUCUUAAGAUUGGGAUUAAGGAAGAUAAACUGUCACUGGUUUUUCUCACUGCAACUGUUGUUCUUAUCAAUGCCUGUGAAGCUGAGCAGCUACAGGGUAUCCCACAAAGUCUUUCUGGAGCAUUUCUGGUAAUUUUGAAACAGAUAAGGGUGAGAGUGAGUGAUCAAGAGGUGAUCAAAGGUGCUGGGAAGUGGAAUGAAGAAGGGCAUCUUUGUAAGAGUAGCAUUACAGUUAGUAAUCUUGCAGAAUGCAUCUUUAGGCUCUCCAUUAAUGCUUCUCAACUUACUGGCCUUUUGUCUUUUGAAGUGGUUCAAAGAGGUCUUUUUGGUGCGAGUGAUACUAGUUUUAAAGAUUUUAUAUCAAAUUACUGGGAGGUUUCCCCUUUUCUGCUGGCGAGGACCAUGAGGGAUCCAGACAUGCAUGAUAUGUUUGGUGCAUUUGUUCAGUCUUUGAGCUGGAAAGGGAGCGUUCCUUCUCUUCUUUCCUCAAUUCUUCAAAGAUUAGUGGCUUGUUUUCCUAUUGCCUCAGAUGAACAAAACAUACUUAAUUUUCUGGAUGAGGCAAAAGGUAAACUUGGCUGUCCUAUAGUCUACCAGCAGGAUAUACGUGUUGUCAAAACAGAGAGGCAAUCAACAAAAGAAAUGCAUUACUUUCGGGACUUUAACUCAAGCUGCGUUAAGGAACCUCAGUACUUUACUUUUCAUGAGAUCUUAAAAUGUGGGCAAGCAUAUAACGAGGGGUAUACUGUUGCUCUGCGUGGUCUGGAGUUUCGAUAUCAGAGCAUUUCGGCUAUUGCAGAUACUUUGGCACUUAUGUUUGGUCAACCUUCAGUUGGUGCUAACUUGUACUUAACCCCCCCUAAUUCCCAGGGUUUGGCUUGUCACUUUGAUGACCACUGUGUAUUUGUAUGCCAGAUUUUUGGUUCCAAGCAGUGGACUGUAUACUCUCCACCCAGUCAGCUGUUACCUCGCUUGUAUGAUAAUUUACUUGGUUCUGUUGUUGACUAUACAAAAGCUGGUAGACGAGAGUUCAUUCUCAGGGAAGGUGAUAUAUUAUACAUUCCCAGAGGUUUUCCGCACAAAGCAUGUACAGAAUCUGGUGUUGGUGAUGGUUCUCCUGGGUUCUCAUUGCACCUUACCCUUAGUAUUGAGGUUGAACCUCCUUUUGAGUGGGGAGGAGUAGCUCAUUUUGCACUUCACCACUGGAGUGAAAACCAGAAAAGACUGUUUUAUGAUGGCUCAAAUAUUUUGUCUCAAAAACUUGUUCUAGUGUCUGUGAAUCUAUUACAUGUUGCCAUUGGGAUCAUUAGCAAUUUGGAUCCUUGCUUUAGGAAAGCAUGCUUGACUGCUGCAGUUUCCUUGUCGCCAGUUGUUUAUGAAAGUCUUUUUCAGAGUCAGAGGAACACUUUUUUCUACUUAAUUGAUAAAAUCUGUACUGAAUCUAGAUUCAUGGAAGUCAUAAGCAGCAUAGAGGUUGCUGUUCACAAAAAUGAAGAUCCAUUCCAGCAAAUCCGAUGGCUUUGGGUUUUUUGUAUGGAAAAAGAAACCAACAGUGAAUACAACACCAAUAAAUCUUUCACGAGUGAAGAUAUACUUUCUUUGUGUGCCCAACACAAGGAUAAAUUAGAAGCUCUUUUUCUGAAUGUGAAGUCAAGGUUUUGUAGUGAGGUGAUAUUUGAAGAAGUUGUAACUAGUCACAGGAUGCUGCUCCAGAAAUAUAGAAGUACCAGAAAGCAAUAUAUUAAUGGAAUGAUUUCACUUCAUGAUAAAUUAUAAAACUACUGUUUUAUUUGUGUUUAA